UCAGUCCGCAGACCCAAAUCGCCUCAGAGUUUGGAAAAUCCUUUCAACUGUACUAUACUCUCUCUCUCUCUCCCCCCCUCUCUCUCUCUCUCAAUAAUGCCUCAAAUUGAUUUAGAACCACCAGUUCCUACCUAUGCCGGCGGCAAUAGUGACCGGAAAAUUGCAUGUGAAACUCUGGUGAACGUCACCGUCGUCAAACUGGAGAACGCUGAUAUUCCCGACGACGAAAAGGAACUUCCACCGGAUUUUCCGCCGGAAUCAAUCUGUCUUCCAAAAGAUGCCGAAUUGGAUUGGUUUGAUAGAAACGCCGUUUUGGAGCGUAAAGAAUCCGCCAAAGGUAACAUUUCACACACAACGAACUUGAUUCAUCCGAGUUCGAAUUCGAGCUCUCAAAGACUUCCGUUGACUUUGAAGACUAAGACGACUUCGUUUUUCGGAUUACCGAAGAGUAGCUCAGUUGAUUCGAAGCGAAAAACGUGUAAACCGGCCAAUAUACGUUUUUUCCCGACUAAACGGUCUGAAUCGGCAUUGAAAGCAGUUGCCGCUCCUGAACCGGUGUCGCCGAAGGUAUCAUGUAUUGGAAGAGUAAGAUCGAAGAAAGGUCGCCGCCGGCAAUCAUGUGAAGAUGUGAAAAAAUGUGAAAUAUCACUCGAGAGAUCAAAGAGCAGAGGCGCUAAACGCAAAACCGGAUUUUAUUCACGUGUACUUUCGAUGUUCCGGUUUGGUCGGAGUAACAUUAAACCGGUCAAGUCUAGUAUAGAGACAACGAAUGAUUCUAGACCGGAAGAGCCGGUUCAACCGAGAAAGAGCAACGCUGUGAGUGUUGAACGGGUGUCAGAGCCAGCCGGUUUGGGAGGGAUGAUGCGGUUCAAGUCGGGCCGGAGAUCGGGAUCCUGGGCCGCCGAGGAAAUCGGCGUAGUAGUUGCAGAGGCGUUGGGUUCAGAUCAGAAAGUGGGUCCCAAUAGAAGAAAUUGAAUUCCAGUCUUGACAAGGCGGGAGCGAAAGUCUUAAGUGAUGGUUAAAAUUUGCACUCUGUGAAGUCGUUAGUCCGACGUGGCAGUAAGAUUGACGGCAAUUUUCACUUUUUCUUUUUCGUUUUCAACCAGCACUUUUCACUAGUUGAGGUAAAAAUAGAACGGCACCUUUUUUUUUUCUUUCCAAUUUUUGUUGGUUCAUGCACUAGUAAUUCGAGAAUUAUAAUGUAAAUUUUGUUAUGAAUAAAGUAGAUAGUAUAAUGCAAAAUAUAUAAAUUUCUGCAUAAAUUAUGGGA